AUGAUGCUUCGAGGCAUGGGGUUUGACAAUACAACCUUCCUCUACGUUGCCUCCGGUAAAAUAUACAAUGCUGCAAAAUACAUGGGUCCCCUUCGCCAGAUGUUCCCUCUUUUACAAACCAAGGACACUCUUGCAUUGUCUAAAGAGCUUGCUGAGUUUGAGGGGUACUCUUCUCGGUUAGCAGCAUUAGAUUACACCGUCUGUGUUCAGAGCGAAGUGUUUGUGACGACUCAAGGGGGAACUUCCCUCACUUUUUGA